AUGGCUGAUCAACUCAACAUGGGCGGCCUCAGCCUGGGCGAGGGCGGCCAGCAGCCUCCCCAGAACCGAUCCUACAUUCCUCCUCACAUGCGCCGCCAGGGCGGUCCUCCUGCCGCUGCCCCCGCUAUGAACGGCGGUCCUGCUCCUGGCCCUGGCCCUGCCCCCGGUGCCGGCCCCGGUCCCAACGGUCUCGGUAACAGCGCCUGGGCUAACCAGAACUACGGCGCCCGCCAGUCCAACUGGGGCAACGACGUUCCCACCUACCAGAACAACAACCGCCGCGGCGGCUGGGGUGGCCGAGGCGGUGGUUAUGGCGGCGGCGGCAACUUCGACGGCCACUCUGGUGGCGGCGGUGGUGGUUACACUGCUCGCGGCUCUGGUGAUGGCCAGUGGCGCGAUGGAAAGCACAUCCCCGGUCCGGCUAACCCCCGUAUCGAGCGUGAGCUUUUCGGUACCCCCGACGACCCUUCCAAGCAGCACACCGGUAUCAACUUCGAGAAGUACGACGACAUUCCUGUCGAGGCUUCCGGUCACGAUGUUCCCGAGCCCGUCCACCAGUUCACCACCCCUCCUCUGGAUGAGCACCUCUGCCGCAACAUCGAGCUCGCCCACUACAAGGUCCCCACCCCCGUCCAGAAGUACUCCAUCCCCAUUGUCAUGGGCGGCCGUGAUCUCAUGGCUUGUGCUCAGACUGGUUCUGGAAAGACUGGUGGUUUCCUCUUCCCCAUCCUCUCUCAGGCCUUCAUUAACGGUCCUUCUCCUGUCCCCGCCAAUGCCGCGGGACAGUUUGGUCGUCAGCGCAAGGCCUACCCCACCUCUUUGAUCCUCGCCCCCACCCGUGAGCUUGUUUCUCAGAUCUACGACGAGGCCCGAAAGUUCGCCUACCGAUCCUGGGUCCGACCUUGCGUCGUCUACGGUGGUGCCGAUAUUGGCUCCCAGCUCCGACAGAUCGAGCGCGGCUGCGAUCUGCUUGUUGCUACUCCCGGUCGAUUGGUCGAUCUCAUAGAGCGAGGUCGCAUCUCCCUCUGCAACAUCAAGUACCUGGUUCUGGAUGAGGCUGAUCGCAUGCUUGACAUGGGUUUCGAGCCCCAGAUCCGCCGCAUCGUCGAGGGCGAGGAUAUGCCCAACGUCCAGGACCGCCAGACCCUGAUGUUCUCGGCCACCUUCCCCCGCGACAUCCAGAUGCUCGCCCGCGACUUCCUCAAGGACUACGUCUUCCUCUCCGUCGGUCGUGUCGGUUCCACCUCUGAGAACAUCACCCAGAAGGUCGAGUACGUCGAGGACGUUGACAAGCGCUCCGUUCUUCUUGACAUCCUCCACACCCACGCCGGUGGCCUCACCCUGAUCUUCGUCGAGACCAAGCGCAUGGCCGACUCGCUCUCCGACUUCCUCAUCAACCAGAACUUCCCCGCCACUUCGAUUCACGGUGACCGAACUCAGCGUGAGCGUGAGCGUGCCCUCGAGUUCUUCCGCAACGGUCGAUGCCCCAUUCUUGUUGCUACCGCCGUUGCCGCCAGAGGAUUGGAUAUUCCCAAUGUCACUCACGUCAUCAACUACGAUCUUCCCACCGACAUUGACGACUACGUCCACCGUAUUGGUCGUACCGGUCGUGCCGGCAACACUGGUAUCGCCACUGCCUUCUUCAACCGUGGUAACCGUGGUGUCGUCCGUGAGCUCAUGGAGCUUCUCAAGGAGGCCAACCAGGAGAUUCCUACCUUCCUUGAGACUAUUGCCCGCGAGUCAUCCUACGGUGGUGGUCGUGGCGGUCGCUCUCGUGGUGGAGGCCGUGGUGGUUCUGCCAACCGUGACUACCGCAAGUUUGGCGGUGGUGGCGGCGGCGGCGGCUUCGGUGGCAGCGGCGGUGGUUUCAACGGCCCCCCUCAGGGUGGUGCUGGAGGCUACGGCGGCGGUGCCGGAGGCUACGGAGGUGGUGGCUACAGCGGCGGCGGCGGCGGCUACGGUGGUGGUGGCAGCUAUGGCAACCCCGGCGGCCCUGGUGCUCAGUCCUCUUGGUGGUAA